AUGGCGUCUAGUUCUAGACCAUCUGGUCGACCAGAGAGGAAGCGUGAUACCGCUGGCUAUUUUCAAAAAAUCGCACCAUCUGCAUCUACUUCGGGUGCAUCUGCAUCUAAGCCGGUUUUCGAUGUUUUCAUUAAUCACCGUGGACCAGAUGUCAAAAAGACUUUAGCCAGCAGAAUCUACAAUAUUCUCCGUGAAAGGAAGGUGACAGUGUUUUUAGAUUCAGAAGAGUUGGAAUAUGGCGAUUUCUUGCCUAAAAAAAUAGAAGCAGUAAUCCGCAGUGCUACUCUUCAUAUUGCAAUUUUUUCAAAGAAAUAUGGAGAAUCACCUUGGUGUUUAGCAGAGCUCUCAUGCAUGCUUAAAAGUGGCGCCAAAAUUGUUCCCAUCUUCUACUAUGCAGAUCGUACUGAUCUCAGAUAUGUAGCUCAGAGGAAAGGAAUAUAUGCCGAUGCCUUUAACAGGCAUAAAAAGAAAUGUAGAUAUAGCUCAAAACAGAUUGAGGAGUGGGAAGAAGCGCUCUACAAAGCCUCUUUUUACAGUGGCCAAAUCAUCAAAAGUAUUAAGUACGUACCGCAGCUUCUGUCUCUUUAA